UUUGCUGUGUUCUGUCAGUCAUUCUUGAUGUUAUUGAAUAAAGAUUUCAGUUUUAUUUAUUUUAAAAGCCACAAUAAUUAUUUUGCCAACAAAUAAGUUAUAGAAGUGAAUGAUUUUGCAUUGAUUCUGUUUGUUAUAAUUUGAAGAAAAUGAUGAGCCGGUUAUUUAGCAAGCUAUAGUUAUGAAGCAAAGGGACCAAACUUACUUUUGCACGUAUAAUAGCAAUAAAGUUGUUGAUAUCAUUAAGUUGUAAAAUGAACACAGUAUGUCUUAUUUGAGUGCGUCAGAAAAUGUGGGCUUCAGUGGUAUUCCACAAAAUAUAUCAGAGGCAAGUUGUGCUUCGCAAUAUAAGAUGGCAGUUGAGGGUGUCUCCUCAGGGAGCUGUGGUGAAGUGAAUAUGUUCCUACAUGACAACUCUGGAGAUGAGCAGCCAUACAUUCAUCUCAAUGACAAUUUCUACCCCAAGUUUAAAAUUGAUCCCAACGAACUAUACACCUUUCAUGAUUCUGAUGUUAUUGCUGGAGAAAUUACCGUCAGCCACACAGAAGAUAAUUUUAUGUUCUCCGAUAGUGUUGAUAUUAAGAGUAAGCUGCUAGCUGACAGUCCAAGUAAAGAGCUCGAUCUCAUAGGUGCAUUCACAAAUGGCGAUAUUAAGGAGGAUAUCAAGAAAGAGGUGGUAUCUAAUGGGCACUAUCCACCAGUGGCCAAGCCGAUUGCAAACUAUAAAGACAGUAAGACUACUCAUACCAAAGUUUUGAAAGUUAAAAAUCAGACUCAGAUGAAGGAGCCUCCUAGGUUGGAAUCGUUUAGUGAACCUCGAAGACUAAGUGUUCAUAGUCCUAAGGCGCAAAGCACUGCCACAGCCCCCUCCUUAUGUGCGAAAACCAGUAUUAAUAGUGCUAGUACUACAAAUAAUGCGAAGACUUCUUCAAAGCAGACGGGUGGGAUGGAGACAUUCUUAGAUGUAUUUAAAAGAGAACAAGGUUUAGUUGAGAAUGCAUCUGCUUUUAUAAAAACUGAGCCAUCAGCACAGCCACUGGCUAAGGUUCCAAUGUCUCCUCCGAAGAAAUCUUCAUCUGGUAAGGGUUCUCAAGCGAAGCCGCGGCGCGGUCGAGGGCCGGCGGUGCACGAGGCGUUGCAGCGGAUACCGGCGGCGAGGCGCGCCGUCCCGCUGCCCAACGACACGUGGCACGCGCCCGGCGAGACACUGUUCCACUGCGGCCCGCUCGGAGACAGGCCGCUCGCAUUCCGACAGAUCGAGAGCAGCAGCAGUGAUGAUGAUAAUAUGCCAGAUUUUGCAGAAGCAGGUUGCGUGUCAGCAUGCGUGGAAGAGAGUGCCGCAGAGUCCCGCGGCGCGCGGCUGGCACUGCGUCGCGCGGCGUUGCGGCGCCAUGUCGCGCGUGCGCACGACGCACUAGCCCUCGCCGCGCACCACAAGAAUCAUCGCGCUCUUGCAUCGUUACUCAAGAAACAGCUGAACAGGCCGGGAUCGUCAGGUCGUCUUCCAACGCAGACUGUGAACCAUCUGCUCGCGCUGCGCGGCAUGCCUUCCGUAUUAACCUCGCAAGAACGUAGGAGACUAAGACAAUCAGGCUGGUCAGGCGGCGAGACGUCAGUGCGCGAGUGCGGCAGUAUAACGUCGGUGGGCGCGGGGUGCGCGUGGGAGCGGUGCGAGGCGGGCGCGCUGCCGUGCGCGCGGUACUGCCUGGCGCACGUGACGCGCGCGCCCGAGCAGCGCCUGUACGCGGCGUGCGGCGCCGUGUUCGCGGGCGGCGCGCGCUGCAACCAGCCGCUACUGCCGCUGUCGGACCACACGCCGCUCUGUGCCGAGCAUGCUUGGAAACGGGACAACUACGACAAGUUGGCCCGCGACUGCCGGCCUAAGAAGGUCCCCCGCAAGCGCCCCCCGCCGGCCGUCCCCCGCGGCCCGCGCCGCGCCAAGCGCAGGCGCCGCCCCCCCGCGAGACUCCGCCCGCCUACUGGAGACUCACCACUCACUGCUGAACAAUCACUCUCCGAGCUGAACGUGUGUUCGAAUUCGUCGACGUACGAUAGUUCGGAGGAGGCGGCCAUGGGCGCGCUCAGUGAGGGCGAGUACGUAACUGUUGCCAGCGAUUCUCAUGAGAUGGAAGUAGAAGUCGGCCAAGUACCACCGGACGACAUAUUGGAUCCCGCUGUGCUCAGUCAAAUACCCGACGAAGCGUUCACGGAGUUUUUCAAUCAAGCGGAAGGUGGAGCAGCAUUCGCGGAGAGUUCAGAGUUGGCUGCGGCAUUAGAAGCGGUAUUGGAUGAGCGGGUAUUGGACGAGCGAGUAUUGGACGAGCGGGUACUAGACGAGCGGGUACUGGACGAGCGAACACUGGACUCCAUCGCUGACUGCGUGUUCACUCACUCGCCGCACUCGCACUACGCUAAGAACAAGAUGCAGGUCUCCACGUCCCUACCGAUGGAGAUGUCAUCGCGCGUGCCCUCAUAACACAGUAACUUUACAUGUCUUACUUUAAGCUAUAAUAAACUCUAUGUACUAUAAACAUUAGGAACAAAUUCGAUAUUCAUAGUCUCAAGAGGUGGAAAUAUUUUUCUUCAUGCUUUAAUUUUUUGUAUGUGUGCAUGUGUAGCGAUGUGUAAGCGAAGAUAUUUGAGUGGUUCGUGAUUCGGAUUGAUGUUUGAGCAGUUUUGUUGCUUUAGAAUCAAUAUUGUGGCUUCAAAGGAAUUUCGACUCAAAACUCGAGGUUUUAAGAUAGCAAGUUGUUUGACAGAGUUAAUUAGAAAGGUGUAGCAUUAGAAAUAUUGGAAUAAGACCACAGUAUUGAUUUCAAAGUUUAUUUCAUCGGCAUUAUUUAAUACAGAGAACAAUUUUGUGUUCAAACAAGUGGCUAGAUUAUCGUCUUAAUGAUUGACUAUUAUAAGGUACAUUAUUAUUAAUUGUAAUUUUUCAAAACAAUCCUUUUCAGUGAGGUUAAAAAUAUUCUGAAAUAAUAACGCCUCCAAUUCUCUUUCCUUUAAACGAAAGCUUAUCGUUUUCUUACACUAGUUGGCGCCACUUGCGCUUUGAGUCCUGUCACUCCAAUCUGUAAAAUUAAAAAAUACUGAUUGAAAUUUUAUCAGCGCUCCUAGCGGUGGCUUCGUAACAAUCUUUGUUCCAUUAAAAAGAAAAAUACUUGAUUCGUAAUGACAGAAUAAAUAAUUUGACUAAAAAAGUUAACGUUUUAAAUCCAUAAUUUUAAUACGAGAAGUUAGUUUUUUUUUUCUUAAAACCGAGCUUUAUAGUCAACCAAGUUAUUUGGUGAGCGUGAGAGAAAAUGCAGAUUUAUUCAGAGGGUGUUAGUACCAGGCCCUCACAAACCGUAGCUAUUGUUAUACAUACUAAAUUGUAUGCUUUUUAAAAAACUAUUUCUGUCGUAAAUCUCCGUCGUAAACCUUUGUAGCUAACCAAUGGUUACUCUCUGCGAUAAAUCAAUCUAUUUUUUUACCUAAGUAAUCAAGCCAAAUAACUUGGUCUAACAAUCUAACAAAUAAAAUAAACUGAAACUAAAUUCUUCCGCCCUUCUUCCAUUAAUAUACAUCCCUCAAAGUUUACAAUAAAAACACAUCAUGCUUUAACUUUACAAAACGUAAAACUACUUAAAAAUUAAUUUAAAAAAAUCUUUUGCUUUUGUCCAGUGUUUGUUCGAACUUUGCAGUAACUUGACACGUGUAAUUGAAAUGAAAAAUAUAUUUUUAUACUCUGCUAGCGAUCCACUCCUGCCUCCAAAGUAUCGUUACAUUUUCUACUUUUGGUUUUCUAUCAUGAGAUCUUCUUACAAUAAAGAGUUUAACAAACCGGCUUCAAAAAAACAAACAGUACCUCCUCCUGUUUUGAAGACGGCAUAAACAGAACUUACCGAAAUCGUUUCAUAAAAUUAACCAUCCACCAAAAUACAAAAUUUAGGUCUCUGAAAGAUAACAACAACCUAACAACCGAUCUCUGAAAACAAAGGUCCUUUAUCCAUCAAUACUAAUUAUCCAUCUACACCUAAAUUUCUGGAUAACAAACUGCCUAAGUUCACUUGAACAUUAACACAGGACAAACGCAAACGAUAAAAACGCCUUAGGCUUUGUCCUGAGACAUGGCGCAUCUCGCAAGCUGAUCUGCCGCGUAUAAAACAAAUACUCGACACUGUUUGAACGUGUCCGAAGUGCGAGCGGGCGCGCACGCGAUACGGCGCAGUACUUGUAACGUGUGUGGCGGAUUCCGCUUGCACGAUGCGCUGUGACUCAGGAUAGAGCCUAAUUAACAAUGAACACUAAAACUGAAGCCAAUUAAAAAUAGUUAGAAAGAAAACUCAUGCCACAAGGUUUGUUUGAAACAUAACAUUGUGAAAGCAUUUGCAACAUUGUUCUGCCUUCAUUAGGUAGUUGUAGUAUUUAGGUAAAUUAUUAUGAUGUAGGACAUUUGAAUUGGAUGGAUUCCGUAUGGUAAUGUUUUUAGCAUGGUCUUUGAAGACGUGGCUAGGAUAUUUGGUUGUAUUAUUACUAUAUUGGUCUCUUUUUCCUUACGUUUUUGGUGGAAUUAAUUCAUUAGCAUAUCUGCACCGAAUUUUGUGUUACAUAGAUGGCGUUAGUGAAGCAUUAGGUCAUAUUCAGUUUGAAAUCUUUUAUUGAUCGUUUGAGUGAUCAAUCAAUAAGAGAUUGGUAGCAGUGAUCAAAUGAUUAAAUAAAAUGAUUUUUUUUUCAAACAAUAUAUUAAAAUUAUCCUUUUAGACAAUCCUUUGUGAAGUCAUUAUUCAAUAGUGGACAUCUUGUGGCUGAUAUGAUGGUGAUGAUUGAUUGAUUGAUCAGAUCAGAUUUUGCUGAUACUCAAAUAUUCUAGCCACGUCUACCCUUGUGUCUAAAGUUCGGUAACGAGUGGCUCGUUUACAUUAUACUCAGUUUAUUUGAAAUACCGCAUGUGAGUGAAUGUUCUUGUUAUUAACGAUGUUUGUGACGUGAGACGGUGUUAUUUAGCCUAAAAUGGGCGAAUAGAGACUACAGAGCAAAAAUUUAAUAAAUAAUUGACCAUGUUUCAGAGAGCCUUGUGGGAUUUUUUCGAUAACUCGAUUGUCACGUUUAUAGCGUUCAACGUUCUGAUUGGCUGGUUCCAACCAACCAAUCAGAGGGCUAAAUCAAAACGUUUCAAUCGCUUUAACGUAAAAAAACUCGCACUUGGUUCUGGUCGACAUAUUUGUUUUACAAUGAUCAUUUUUAGAAUGCAAUAGGGAUGAUAAAUGUUAGUUUUACACAUUUAUGUCAACACUAUGGAGUCUCUAUGCGCUUGUUUACGGCUGUGUGCGGUCGAUAAUGUUUGUGUUUGAUCAUAAUUGACCUAUUCUUGUCCUUCUAGAACGACAAAUUAAUAGUUUCCUCUCUUAGUUCACGAUUUAACGAUCAACUAAUUAUAAACUUAAUAUUGUUACCUUAAAAUUCAAUUUUGGUCAAACGCAAGCAUUUUUGUACGUACACGCAAUUGCGUAUUAUAUUUAUAACAAUAUCUCUAUACAUAAGCAAGUGAUGUAAUCAACUAUUUAUUGUGUAGUUAGCAUCCUAAUAAAUAUUCAAGAAUUAUUCAAAGUAAACUCAAUAGCUAUAGGCCUUGUUAUAUUGUCCUAUUAAAACUGACUAAGACAUUAAAAUUCCUAUUUACGUAAGUCUAUUAAAAUUUAUAGAUCGAUACAUAACUUUAUGUAACCACUCAAGUAUAUCGAAACACUUAUCUAACAUUAGAUACUUUUUUCCGUGAAUUUUAACAUUUUACAAAUGGCAACACCAUGUUAAGUAUUGCCAUUUAAAAUCGAACACAGAGUAAUAAAAAAUAUUGGAUACUUUGUACUAAAAAAUAAAUUUAAUUAAAAUUAAUUAUUAAAUGGACGUGUCGUUAAUAUAAGUCAGUUUUUAAAUGUAAUGUUUCGACGUAUCUAUCUCCUGACAUGUGAUUUGACUUCAUAACACCAACUUUAAGCAAUAGGAAUAUAAACGACAGACGUAAGACGGCAAUGAGCAUUUAUAAUUAAUACUUUAUUGUAUAAAAGCCGCCUUUGACUUCGCUUAGUACAAAUUUAAUUACUAGUUAAUAAUUCUUUAGUAAAUUGUUAAGCAUGCGGCCUGCGUAUAAUGUAACUGAGUAUGUAUGUAGUCGAGUUAGGAAGUUGUCUAGAUAGAUAUAGUCGUAUGUGUGGAUCGUUGUGUCUGAGGAUUCCUAGGAAAUCGCAACGUUGUCUAUUUAAAAAAAAAUAUCAAAGUAAAUAAUAGUCUUAAUAACGCUAGUUGUCAUUUACUGCGAUAAAACCGUAAAGUGCCCACUGAGCUAUCAAAUCGAUGUCUGCCGUAUUUAAAUCUACAAUAAUCUAAUAAUUUUAUAAUAAAGUGCCGAUCAGUGUUGUAGAACAGGCUCGAGAGGAGUCCUGUUAUUAAUAUUAUGUAAAUAAAAGCAAUAUAGACUGGAACUACGUGAAUGAUAUGCUAGAUGUAACAAUAGUGACAGAAAUCGCCCUCAUAUCAUAUCUAGAACGUUUGUUUCAAUGUGUUGUACCGUCAAAAGUAAAAUAGUGCUAGAAACAGAACCAAAUAAAGAGAAUAUUUUUGUAAAUUCGUUAUGUUCCUAAAUAAAAUCUUAUGUGAUUGUAUAUGGCUGAGAAGCGAUCCUGUUUCAAUUAUAUUUUGCUAGUAUUGAAAUCAAUUGGUGUAAUUUAAGGUUUAUUUUGUUAUUUAUCAUAAUGAAUGAUCACUUUGGUGUGUGCGUUUGGUUACUCGUGCCGAUGUUUAUGUAAUUCUCAAGAAAACAAGUUUAAUGUAAUAGUUUCAGCUUCUUUAAGUGUUAUAUACAUAACAUAAUAAUGUAACAUUUUGUAUACAAAGUUAAACAUUAUUAUUCCAAGCAAUUGAAUAGACAGUGCGCGUAAGAUUGUAUAUUUUUAAAGUAUAGGUUCAAUAUAAAUUUACCGUUCGCUAGUGUAGAGUUGUGUUACCGCGGCCGCGGUUUCUUUGUGUGUUUUCGUGUCGUAGACUGAUUCUGAUGAGAAGGACAGCAGUAUAGUGCUGUCGCUGUCGUAUCUUAGCAUUUGAGUACUUGCAAGUACAUAACUGAUGUACACAAGAUAUAAUAAAGAGUACCAAUGUAGUAAAAGCUUAUAAAAAGGCUGCAACUAAGUACGUGUUAAUGUAUCGCUUUGUGCAUAUUCCAAAACAUAGCACAUGCAAGCGAUAUGUCGCUAGAUCGGUUUAAAAUCGAAGUUGAUGCUUCAUCGAUUUUAGUGUAAGCGUGGACUGAGUAUAAACAUCGAAAUAAUCGCUUUCUAAGGUGUCACGCUGACACGCUGAUCUUCGUCGAACGUACUGUCUCGGUAGACAAACUGCAUAAACGCUAGUCGAAUAGAAUAGGAAGAUUGACAUUGGCUGACGUCAAAUUUGACAACUAUCGUGGUACAUACUAAAUUAGCUAAAAAUCACGGUUUACUCACGUAUUAUUAAUGGGGAAAAGCUCUACUAGUUUCGAGUCACAGAGAGACUUCAUCAUUAGCAGUGUGAGCCGAUGCGGCGACGCUGCGCGGCUUACGCGACGUCGCCGCGUCAGUAAGAGCUUUUCUCACUUUGUAAGCCGUGAUUUUUAGUUAAAUCAAAUUUGACGUUUGCUAAUGUCAAUGACGUUUUCGUUUGAAUAGUGUUUAUGCCAUUUUGUAGCGAGACUGUUCAGCCUAGGUUCGGUUUUUGUUGAGAUUCCAAGACAAUAAAUAAACAAGUUAUAUAAUUAAGUAUGUGUUGGCCGGCGGCCGCGGUGUUACGCGCGAAUCGUAGUAUAAUAAUGUAUCAGAUACGCUUAAUUCUCCAUAUGCAGUACCUGCACUUUCGUUUUAUAACAAUAUACAAAUUACAAUAGAUUUAGGGACUUGUACUAAAUGUAUCUAUGUAUUUUUACGUGCUAGUUUUAUUUAUUGUUUGUACUUUUUGUAGAUCAAUUCGAAUUGACUGCUCUUAGGGAGAUUAACGUAAUGUAAGUAAAUAUUUUGCACCUUUAGUUUAAGGGUUAUUAUGUAGAUACAGGACAGAUACGUCGGAGGUUUUAAGCGUGACAUGUUCACAUGGCAAUCGCGUACCAUGUGAUAUGUAGUAGGUUUCAUUAGUAUCUAUAAGUUUAACAUCGUCAGUUCGUCAUUGGCAGUUCACAUUGGAUCCUGGAGAGUAAAGUCAAGUUAUUUGGUGUUCGUUAGCUUGGUAUUGUAACGAGCGAUGCUGUUGACAGCCGAUGAUCCUUAGUAGAAAUUAAACGUAGCAUCGGUAUUUUAAUCCCAGUUUAAAAUUUAUUCGUAUUAUACUCAAAUCUCAUUUAAUCCUUUGAGUAGAGGGGUGUAAGUGUUCUCUUAAUUAAAUAUUAAUGUCACAAAUUAUAUAAUUGUAUCAGUAUACGAAUUAAGUAAUGAUGUAGUAGAGUAGUGCUUGUGUUGGGUCGCAGCUGUUGGUCGCAUCGCUCGAGAGUUUAGACGUAGCGACUAGGAAUGAUUGUAUGGUUACUGGAAUGUUUCUGACUAUUAACGUUUAGAGAUGGCUAAAUUAUAUAGUGUCGGUGUUAGCAGUUCGCGAGAUGUGGUCAUUAGUAGAGUUGGUGAUACGGACAUACGCGAAAUGGGACAUUUCAAGUAAUACUUUAAUGGUGAGACCGUCACUUAGCAUUUAUUAAUAAUUAAAAUUAUGAUGUUAGAUCUGUUGACGGUUCAGUUCUUAUUUAAAGUGUUCGAUUUCGCUGCAUAUGUCGAGUAACACAAGUUAAUUUAGAUAACCGCUACCUCUUUGAAUGCCUGAAAUUGUUCACAGUUUAUUGUCCAAUGUGUGUAACAUGAUGAUGUUUAAAAAAAUGAAAUAAACAUGAAGAAAUUUUGACUCUUAA